GGCCAUUAUGUCGGAGUUCUUCAACGACACGACGACGGCCUUCUACAUCAUCCUCAUCGUCUGGUUGGCCGAUCAGUACGAUGCCAUCUGCUGCCACACCAACACCAGCAAACGCCACUGGCUGAGGUGA